CACUCCCUUUCGAGUUACCGGGACAGCGGCCGGCUGCGAUCCACGGUGCAGGGCCUAAGCGGAGCGCAGGCACGAUGGAGCCACCGACGGCAACAGAAACGGCAACGGCAAGUACACCGCGCCUCCUGCUGCUUGGCGUUGGCGGCGCGACGUGCUCAGGAAAGACGACGCUGGCCAAGCACCUGAGCAAGGCUGCUUCGAAAGACGUGAUGAUCGUGCAUCAGGACGACUUCGCGCCUAAGGAGGAAGACUUACCGUGGAACGAUGCGAUCAACGCACGCGAUUGGGACACUCCGUACGGCUCGAUCGACUACGCGCGCAUGUCCGCCGUCCUUUCCCACUUGCGCCAAGCGGGCACGCUGCCGGAAUCACACAGCUCGCACGACCACCUGAACAUCCUGCCCGACGUUCCGCUGUCCGAUAGCUUCCGCGCAGAGUGGCAAGCGCGCUUCCGACGCGCACUGCUGCCUACGUGCUCAUCAUGCGAAACCCCAGCGCGACCCGCAUCGGCUCCGACGCCCGCAGCGCAGUCUCAGCAGUUGCGGAUCUGCAUUGUCGAUGGCUUCCUGCUAUACUUUGACCCGUCCGUACGGCGGCAGCUCGACGUGCGCUUCUUCCUGCGCGCGCGCAGGGCGACGCUCCAGCGGCGGCGCACGGAGCGCAGCGGCUACAAUACCGCCGAGGGCACGCUGUGGCAGGACCCGCCUGGCUAUUUUGACAAAGCCGUCUGGCCUGCGUACGUCGAAGCGCACCGACAUCUCUUUGCGGGCGGCGACGUCGAGCACGGCGCUCCUGCCGCUACUGCUUUGGAGGAGGGGCAAUGCGAAGGGCAAGAUGACGGCCAGCCUGGCGGCACCUUCCCCGGGCUCGUCGUGCUCGAUGGUGGUGACAAGCGUGAGGAUAACGCAGAUGGAGGCAAGUCGAUGCGCACCAUGGUGAUGGUCGCGUGCGAGCACGUCGAGCGGGAGCUGUUCGCUAGAGCUAGACCUCCGCACGCAUCUCCCCCGGCGUGAGGAGGGUCUGUUCCUGGAACUUAUUUGUAC